GCCAUGAAGCAGCUGUGUCUGUGCGCCACCGCCUCCUUCGCGAGCCAGGACUGGGGCAAAAGUGACGAGCGGCUGCUACAGGCGGUGGAGAACAACGAUCCCACUCGGGUGGCCUCCCUCAUCGCCCGCAAGGGGCUUGUGCCCACCAAGCUGGACCCCGAGGGCAAGUCCGCAUUCCACCUGGCAGCCAUGAGGGGUGCAGCCAGCUGUCUUGAGGUGAUGCUGGCACACGGCGCCAACACCAUGAGCACGGAUGGGGCAGGUUACAACGCCCUCCACUUGGCUGCUAAGUACGGGCACCCACAGUGCUUGAAGCAACUACUGCAGGCAUCCUGCGAGGUGGAUACUGUGGACAGCAGUGGGUGGACCGCCCUGCAUCAUGCAGCUGCUGGCGGCUGCAUCUCCUGCUCAGAAAUACUCUGCUCCUUCAAGGCCCAUCUGAAUCCCCGAGAUCGGCUGGGUACAACACCCCUCAUCAUUGCAGCUCAGAUGUGUCACACAGAUCUGUGCCGCCUCCUCCUGCAGCAGGGGGCUGCUGCAAAUGACCAGGAUCUUCAGGGCAGGACGGCCCUGAUGCUGGCCUGUGAGGGAGCCAGCCCCGAAACAGUGGAGGUGCUGCUGCAGGGCGGCGCCCAGCCGGGCAUCACAGAUGCGCUGGGCCAGAAUGCUGCUCACUACGGCACCCUGGCAGGGGACAAGCUCAUCCUGCACCUCCUACAGGAGGCAGCCCAGCGCCCCUCACCACCCAGCGAGGAUGAUUCAGGCGAGGCAUCAUCUCAGAAUUCUGUGUCCAGCCAUGACAAGCAAGGGGCCCCCAAGAAGCGGAAGGCACCUCAACCCCCCACCAAUAUCCCAAUGCUGGAUGACCAAGAUGCCUACGAGGAGAUCGUGCGGCUGCGACAGGAGAGGGGCCGUCUGCUACAGAAGAUCCGGGGCCUAGAGCAGCACCAGGAACGAAGAAAGCAGGAGCUGCCAGAGGCAGAGGCCAGUUCCCUCCACAGCCUGGAGAGACAGGUCCAAGAGCUACAGCAGCUUCUGGCUGAGAAGCAGGAGGAGAAGGAGAGCCUGGGCCGAGAGGUGGAGAGUUUGCAGAGCAGGCUGUCCCUUCUGGAGAAUGAGCGGGAGAAUACCAGCUAUGAUGUGGCCACCCUGCAGGAUGAGGAGGGUGAGCUAUCUGAAUUCCCAGGGGCUGAGGUGCUGCUCUCCAGGCAGCUAAGCCCGUCGGCCCAGGAGCUCUUGGCUUCGCUGCAGGAGCAGGUGGCCAUGCUCACCAGACAGAACCAGGAGCUGAUGGAGAAAGUCCAGAUCCUGGAGCACUUUGAGAAGGACGAGAUGGAGGCAGAUGGUCCGGCCGAGGUCAUUCCUCUGGAGCUCUACAGCGCUCUCCAGGCUGAGUUUGACCAGCUCCGCAGGCAGCACGCCAAAGCCCUGCAGGCGCUGGAGCAGCAGGAAGCUCGGGAGGCCCUCGCAGAACAGGAGGCAGCCUCUAGGGAGGGCAGAGGUCUGGGAACCAAGCCCUCUAGAAACGGGCCGGUGGAAAUAGCGCUUAACGGCACUGCAGCUCCGGAAACUGGAGUGAACGGAGUCGAGACCACGGACGAGGAGGCUGCAGGAGCAGAAACCGUGGAAGCCCUGUCACAGAGCUUGGAAGUCGUGUCCACGAUGGCCGAGGCCACGGACACGGAGACCACGGAAACAGGGCGCGUGGGGGCCCAGCCCUUGGAAACAAAGGCCACAGGAGCUGAGGUUGCAGAAAUGAAAACUCCAGAAGGAGGAGGAAACCCAGAACCAAAGGCCACAGGAGCAGAGACCACCAGUAUGAAAACAGAAAAGAAGCCCCCUGGAGUAGGUGCAGUGGAAGAAGAGCUCACAGGCUCAGAGGCCAUGGGAGUGGAGGUCAUGACCCCGAGGGUCCUCACAGGCCCCAUCCUGCACCCGGGUGCUGCGGAGGCCUCAGAAAAGCUGCAGACAGAGCUAGAGACCAGGAUCCGCAGCUUGGAGGAGGCGCUCAGGCAGCGGGAGCGGGAGGCGGCCGCCGAGCUGGAGGCGGCCCACGGCAAGUGCGAGGCCGCGGAGGCCGAGGCGGGCCGGCUGCGGGAGCGGGUGCGGGAGGCUGAGGGCGGCCGGGCUAGCGGGGUCAGAGAUGGGGACACAGGCCAGCUGCGGGCCGCCCUGGAACAGGCCCGCGAGGACCUCCGGGACCGGGACUGCCGUCUCCGGGAGCUGGAGGCGGCCUCGGUCCGGCUGGACGAGGCCCGGGCCGGCCGGCUGCUGGCCGAGGAGGAGGCCCGGGGCCUGCGGGCAGAGCUGGCCCGACGGGAGGAGGCGCGGCUGGAGCUGAGCCGGGAGCUGGAGGCGCUGCGGGAGCAGCUGCUGGAGCGCGAGCGGGUGGGCAGCAUGGCCCGCCUGGAGCACGAGCGCAUCGUGGGCGCCCUGAAGGCCGACGUGGCCCGGUUGCAAGGGCAGCUGGAGGAGCUGGGGCGACGCCACGAGAAGACCACGGCCGAAGUCUUCCAGGUGCAGCGGGAGGCGCUGUUCAUGAAGAGUGAGAGACACGCGGCGGAAGCCCAGCUGGCCACGGCUGAGCAGCAGCUGCGGGGGCUUCGAACUGAGGCCGAGCGGGCGCGCCAGGCCCAGAGUCGUGCCCAGGAGGCCCUGCAGAGGGCCAAGGAGAAGGACAAGAAGAUCACGGAGCUCUCCAAGGAGGUCUUCAGUCUUAAGGAGGCGCUGAAGGACCAGCUGGCGGCCCCAGACUCCUUGGAGGUGGAAGCCCUCCGUGGCCAGGUGAAAGCUCUGCGGGAACAGCUAGAGGAGGCUGCCAGGGACCACAGUGCAGUGGUGGCCUUGUACAGGAGCCACCUCCUCUACGCCAUUCAGGGUCAGAUGGAUGAAGACGUGCAGCGAAUUCUGAGUCAGAUUCUGCAGAUGCAGAGGCUCCAGGCCCAGGGCCGCUGAGAGCAGAGGACUGCCCUCUGCCCCACUAGGCCUCUCACGGGGGCUUGGGGACUCAUGCACUGACCUUCCUCGCUUGGAGACUAGCCUGGGCCCCCUCCCCCACUGUCCUCACUGCCUCCACCGGCCCCACUGGUCCCUGCGUGCACUGGGCAGUCUAGACCCUGGCCCUGACCAUGACCCCUCCUGCCACCGGGGAAUCUGAGUCCUCUCCCCAACAUCUGGUCCCAAACGCUAUCCCAGGAAUAAAAGCUCAUGGAGCAGAGCAGA